AUGUCAUUGCCUUCUAAUGAAUCCAUCACUGAAUGCCUGGCACAGGCUAAAUCAAGCUCAGUAGAAGCUCAAGAAAGAGCUCUCAAGUUCCUCUCCUCCCUCACCAAAAUCAGCACCCAAAACAGGAACCUCUUAGCUCACACUCAUGGAGCCAUUCCCAUCAUCCUCUCCUUCUUUUCAUCCUCCUCUGACUGCCUUCAAACACUCUCCCUUUCCAUCCUCUUAAACCUCUCCUUAAACCCCAACCUCAAAAGUACUUUAGCCACAACCACCACCAUUCACCAACUCAACUCCAUCAUCCUCUCUUCAUCCUCCUCCCAUUCCAGCAAGCUUGCUGCCACUCUGGUUUGCAGCCUUGCCAUGCUAGACAAAAACAAGGCAGUCUUCGGCAUUGCCGGAACAAUCCAAGUCAUUGUCAAAGCUCUGAGCAAUGCUGGCCACCAUGCAGCUCACCACCUUCUGAGUUCCCUCUUUGAGCUUUCUCAGUUUCAUGGCAACCGCACUCUGGCUAUCUGGGCAGGAGCUAUUCCUGCUCUUGUUGGGAUUCUUGAAGGUCCUGAUGAGGACCUCUCUGGGUCAUGUCUCUCAGUUUUAAGUCUCUUUUCAAGGUAUGAUGGAGGGAUGCAAGAGAUUCAAAGUGUUGAUGGUGUUGUGGAGUUGUUAGUUGAUGCACUGGCUAGAAGAUGCAUGGUGAGCAAAGAAAAUGCAGCUGAUAUACUUGUGAGGUUGUUUGAAGAUGAUGAGGAUUGCAUGAAAAAAGCCAUUCUGAAACAUGACUUCUCCUCCUUGACUGCUGACUUAUCCAUCAGAGGCUCUGCUAAGGCUAGAGAGAAGGCUACUCUUCUCAUGAAGAUGAUCAUGGAGUUUAAUCUGGAUUAA